AUGUCGCGUUGCCCUCUGCAGUGCUUGCUUGAGCAGGUCUUGUCCUCCAGCUUUGGGACCAUGAAGAUGAUGACGAGGAGGGGAACGAGGAAGGAGGUGAUCGAGGCGGAGGAGCCGCAUGCUCUGUUGGCCACUUGUAGUUGCGCGGGCUCUCCUGGGGCCUUCUUGGAUGGCAGCCUCCAGAAUGGCCGUGGUCAUGUAGCAGCAGCCCUUCUUUUCUGUUUCACUCAGUCUCUCUCUCUCUCUCUCUCACUAUUGAUCUGUGUCUCUUACGCGUUGUGCGCUCCUCGUUUGCCCUUGUCGAUGCUGUCCAUUGUACCAAAUGAGGGGAACAGCAGGAAGGAGGACCAGCGCCAGCGUGAACCCAGACAACCGACUCUCUGA